AUGGCCGACGUCCUAGGAGUGUAUUCGCUAUUCGUAGCAUUGUCACUGUUGUUUUUCUACAAUAAUGCGUCGAAUGCGCAAGAAGGGUGCAAUAUGUCGGACGUGUGUAGAGGGAGUGAGCAUUGCGAUUACUCGUUCUCGCUGCCUGUGUCUGACGGGCACCGAUGUAGAGAGAUCGACACGGCCAUUCGCGAACUGUCACCCAAUAACGACGCGCUGUUGCUUCUGGUACAGACAAUGGCGGAAAAGUUGGAGCGAGCUGAAGCGCUGUUCGUAGACCAUCUGGGUAAGGUGGAUGAAUUAGAGGCGGGGAAACGCCAACUGCAACAGUUGCUGUCGGACAAACUUGAUGAGAUCGAGGAACUGCGUGUUGUCAACGAGAGAUGCGAUACAGACCGUCAGCGAGUGCAGCACUCGCUUGAGAUAUGCGAGGACGAACAACAGCUGACAGGAUGCCAACAUGACGAAACGGGGAAUCUCGGUCCAAAUGAAACUACAAUCGCCUUCAAUGGUUCUUCAAUUGUCACCUAUGAGGGCGGGAGUAUUCCAGAGUUGACCGAACUCACGUGGUGCUUUUGGAUGAAGACGUCACUCGAGAUUGACUACAACGAAAAGACUGUGUUAGUACAUUACCAAAACGAAGAUGUGAUUGAACUGUCCACGCGUCAGAAAUGCUAUGCAAAAACAUUGUACAUCGAUAGUAUAGGUCACUCUCGCUAUCGUGGCGGUGGUGGCGCUGCUCUGUUCCGCCGGAUACACCGUGACGGUCUUUGGCACCACGUCUGCAUGGCUUGGGUUGGUGCCAUUGGUAAAGGACGACGGUGGGUGUAUGUGGAUGGCGUGGGUACUAUAAUUGGAGACGGACAUGUUGAGCGUAUGUUCGGGGGAGGCAAACUAUAUCUUGGCUAUAGCCCAACUGUUGAACGAGGGCUCGCUUCGAUGUAUGUAGGAGAGAUGGCGCUGUUCAACAUGUGGGACGUCAAGUUAGAUGACGCAGUUAUCGCUGAUAUGGCACAGCAGUGUUACAACAUAGUAGAAGGAAAUAUAGUGCCCUGGUCGGCCUUCUUUGGUGACGGUGCAAAUAUGGAGAAUAUCCAGCAGAACAAAUCUGAUUUUUGUGCCAAUGACGAAUGCGACGUAAACAGCUGCCUUACCGAUGGUGUUUGUAUUUUACCUGCACGUGGACAAUGUCAAUGCCCUAAUAGAGACGAAGAGUCUGUCUGCUCACUGGCGUCAAACAAGCUUACGUUCACAUCAUCCGUUGCCGAACUAGCUGUGAAUUCUGAUUUAUCCGAUGUCAGUUUUUCUGCGCUGACUAUAUGUAUGUGGCUGAAGACAUCGUAUUGGUAUGACACUACAAUAUUCCAGCUGACAACACGCCAGUCCACCUUAGCCAACGAUAUUCAGCGAAUAGGCUUCACCAAUUUCAAAUUACUCGUGGAUACUUUUGGGGGUGCGGAGUACGAAUGGUACUCCUACCUGAUAACAGACCCUUCUAAGGUAACUGACAACGCCUGGCAUCACAUCUGCAUCAGUGGAACGCUAGCGACAUCUCCAACCCUAUUCAGGAUCUACCAUGAAGGGCUGAUGAUCACCCGACCGCGUUUCAACUCGGAUCUAACGUUAUCUGGGGUGGAGAGUGUUAGUCUUGGGCGCUUCACAGGAGAGCUGUUCGAAUUCAACAUGUGGAACCGUGAGCUUAGCGAGCAGGAACCGGAAAUUUACAUGAUGUCCAGACGGUGUGGGGAAUACGUUACUGCCGGUCCAAUCCUCCAAUGGUCUUUCUUGUACGAAGAGGCAAAAAACACUGAUGGAGUUUCGUCCCAGACAGCUGACGUCUGCACGCUGAUUGGUCAAUAA